CCCCCUCAACGCUAAACGCUCGCAACUUUUCCCUCGUUCGACCCGACGACGCACCACCCAGGACCCGAUUGACCUCCUCAAUUGCCGUCCGCCGCACCCCGACCGUCUUCGAGUCCACCUUUUAAUUCCCCUUUCCUCCGAACCCCCGAGCGCACCCGGCCUCGCCAAACACCAACUCGUCCAAAAAUGUCGUCAAACGCUUCCAAGGCUGGAUCCAACGUCCUCCGGUACUCGGCCCUCGCCGCCGGUAUCUUCUACGGCUUCACCCACCAGAGGUCCAUCAGCGCCGCUGAGAAGGCCGCUGCUGCCCAGCGCGAGUACGAGCACAAGCAGGAGCUAAUAAACAAGGCCAAGGAGGCCUACGCCAAGUCCAAGCAGCCCGUUUCCGCCGUCUCUACUCCUAGUGGACAAACAGUCAACCAGGAUCCCAUGAGCCCCAACUUCGACAUCGAAGCCUACUUCAGCGCGCUUCUUGCGAAGGCCUAGAUGGGGAAGCCGAGAUGAAGUUGUGCACGCAGGACGCAUGGAACGAGUUCAAGAUAGACGCGCUUCGCAUCGCAGGGAGGCAAUUAUCAAUGGGUUUAUUGGGUUUGAACGUCAAAGAAAGGAGCAGGGAAAUGGGAACUGCCGAACGAGGGUUGUUUAGGAAAAAAAUAGAGGAGGGCGUUUACUGAUCACCAACUCUCUCGUCCUCCGCCGGUCUGAGGAGGGAUGCCAACUGCUGCCUUGGGAAAACGGGAAACGGCCAAGAACGACGACAAACACUGGACACACAAGACAACCGCUUCAUCAACGAUAUCCAUGAACCCAUUCCCUUCCCCCACCAAUUUUCACCCCGCAGAAUACAUGUGGAUCGCGUAUUGCCUUGUACACAAGACAAAGGGAUCCCGUGUGAGAUUUCACCUGCUGCUGUUUCAAAGGCAUCUAAUGAUGUUUAAGCAUGGUGUGUAUUAUUUGCCCAACCUACCACAUACAUCUAAAAACAAAGAUAAUUCACUCC